AUGUAUAUUCAAAAUGUCCCUUUGGCUUUACAGUGGCUUGCAUUUGCACCGGCCGUAGGUCUUGUUGCGCCUAUCCACGUGGGAAAGCUGCCCUUGGAAAGAAAUUGGGACCAUUUGGCGACAUCACCCACUGAGCUCUUCAUAGAAGUCGGAGCAACAGAAGGGCAUCUUUUCCGCGACGAGCUUGGUGCGAGGUUGGAAACAGGUUUCCUGAUCACCUUCGAGCCACGCUUCGGGCGCUACUUGAGAGUCAUGACAAGCGCGGGGGUCGGGUCGAUGCGUUUUCGGGCUUUGGGCUGGCAAACCAAUCGAUCCAUGGUCUUGCCGUUCGCGCUGGGAUGUAGUACGCACGGAUGCAGCACUGACUUCGGUGUGACGACAGCAGUAGGCAAGAGGGGCUGGCAAAGGUGGGUAAGGCGAAGAUGCAGCGUUGUGGUGGAUGGUGUGAGCGCGCCAUGCUUAUCCUUCGAAGAUGUGAUUAAGCAUUGGCUUCAAGGACGGUGCGUGGCAGCUCUAAAGCUGUCAACUCACCCUCUGCGAGCACUCCAGUCUUUAGGUGCACUUGCCGGGAGGGUAGACCAAAUUUAUUUGCAGCUUCCAGCAAUACGAUCUGAGUGUUUGGAGACGCUGCGGACACUCGUGGUCCUGGGUUUCCUGCCGCAACAGGGUGGAAAAGAUGUGGAAGCAUGUGCAACACAUGAGAAGUUGUACAAGGUUGUGGAAUUCAGACAGGGAAGAGGGUCCUGCGCAUCAUUGCAUGUUCCGUCUGUUCUUCCAUGGCGUUUUGAGCGAAAGGAGCUAUUGGUUGCUCCUCUUCAGGUCGCACCGGUACCGUUUUCGAAAAAUUGGGCCCACCUAGAGGCUCCGGCCGAGUUCAUGUUGGAAGUCGGCACCAAUAACGUGAUUCUGCUGCGAGACAGCUUGCCGCCAGCCGACAGACGAUUCCUGGUGUCUUUCGAGCCUCUCUUGGACAAAUACGCCGACCUCAUUACAUCUUGGGUCGCGAAUUCCGAUGCGACCAGCACCAUAGGCGCCCAUUACUCGAGAGGUGUCAUGCUGCCGUAUGCGGUUGGUUGUCCCCCAUCCGACGAAGUGGCCUUGUUCCACGUGGGCCUGGCCGACGUGUGCAGCAGUCUCCUUAACAUUUCAGAAGGUUUUCGAGGACAGGGGUGGUCGCACUGGUUCAAGGACUUGAAGGAUACGUGCGCGAAAGAGAUGGAUGUACGGUUGGUGCCCUGCAUUUCUCUUGAGACUGUGAUCCGGGAUCUGCUCCUGGGUGGCCAUAUCUCUUUCUUGAAAAUUGAUGCCCAAGGGAAGGACCUAGAUGUGGUUCGUUCCCUCGGAUCUCAGAUGCACAAGGUGCACAGGAUUCAGAUGGAAGCCCUUCCAAAAAGUCACGAGUCCGUGUAUGUGAACCAGCCGAUGUGCGAUCACAUUGUCGCUGAGAUGAUGAAGCUCGGCUUCAAGCCGAUAUGCAGGCUGGCUGGCUCAAAGAACUGGACGAUAGCUGAUAUUUGCAGCUUGCAGCUCAAAGGUGAAGGAGAUCUGACUUUCUACAGGCAGCGGCAGCCGCUCAAUGUUACGUAG